AUGUACGCUGGCGGCGCACCCGGACCGAGCCCUGCGCAGGCCGCACAGAUGAACCUUGAGGCGCGCCGUACGCUGACCCGCUUCGGCCUCAUCGCCCUGACGCUCAACCUCGCACCCGUGCUUGCUGGAUAUGCAAAGAGUCUUUUUUUCAACUAG